UUUUUAGAAUUAUGGGAAGCAAAUAUUUGGAAUAACAUAUCCUGGAAAGAUUUUUCUCACAAAACAAUUGGAUUAUGAAGAUGGUGACAGAAGUUUCGACUUACAUAUAACACUUGAUAACAGAAACCGCACCACGAAAACAACAGUACGGGUUAAUGUUAUUGAUGUUGAUGAUAUGGAUCCUGUGUUCGACCAUGACGAUUUUAAUCUACAAAUAUCAGAAAAUGUAAAUUAUAGCAUGUCCUGGAAGAACACAACUCCUGUAGUCUCAGCUCAUGACCGAGACAGUGGUACUGGUAAACAGGAUAUUGAGUUUGCAGUGUACGACAACAGUGACAAAAGUGUUUUUGAUAUCAAUAGAAAAACAGGAGAAGUAAAACUUUUCAAGAUAUUUGACAGAGAACCUCAAAGCUUAUACAACUACAAAAUAAAGGUUUAUCAGACGAAUGAUCAUCGCAGAAGUGCUACAGCAAAUCUUAAUAUAAUCGUAUCAGAUAGAAACGACAAUAAACCAAUAUUUGACAAGUCAGAAUACCAUGCAAAUGUGGAUGAACACAGCAGUAAAGGAACCCUAGUACUAAGAGUUCAUGCGUCAGAUAAAGAUAGUGGAGAUAACUCAGUGGUGAAAUAUUCAAUAGAAACCAUACAAUCUGUGUUUCAAAUAAAUGAAAACUCUGGUGAAAUACUAGUAGCUAACUCAGAAAUGUUGGACAGAGAAGUAAACGAAACAUUUAUUCUAAAUAUUAAAGCUACCGACUCGAAGAAAAAUGAUUUUUAUGAUCAAGCAAAAGUUACAAUUACAGUUUUAGACAAGAACGAUAAUGGUCCAGUAUUUACACAAAACAGUUAUUACUUUAACUCAACAGGAACGAACAUUAUAGGACAGGUUAAAGCUAGCGAUAAAGACAAAGAAGAUAAUGGUAAAGUUGUUUAUACUUUGGAAUCUGUACAACGUAAUAUCAAGUUAGAUACAAACACUGGAAGACUAACAAUGAUUGGUCAACUUCCAACUGAUACUAGUAUUAGGGUCAAAGCAUGUGAUUCUGCGAAGAUUGUCAGUAACAGAAGAUGCACAUUUGCACAAGUUUUUAUUCAUGCUGGAAUGGUACAAGUGAAUAUUUAUAAUUUGACGGCUGCUGUUAUGGAAAAUGUAAUGGCCGGGUCGUAUGUCAGUAAUAUUGAGAUUCCUGGUGAUAGAUACGAGAUCAUCAAUACAAAUGUUCCUUUCACAGUAGAUAUUUCAAGUGGAAUUGUCAGAACAGGAUCGUUAUUGGACUAUGACGAGGGAAAACAACAUUUUGACUUGACAAUUCAUGUUCUGAAUAAAGAGAAAAAUAUGAUUGCAACAAUUCGAUUGGCUGUUGAAGUUCUGGAUGCCAAUGACAAUUCACCAGAGUUUUCACAACAUCUUUACACAUUUGCCUUACCAGAAGAUAUAACAACUGAUACUGUUAUUGGAGUUGUUAAGGCUACAGAUAAAGACAGUGGAAAUAAUUCUGCAAUUCAGUAUUCUUUACAGAGCAGCAUUGAUUCGACAACAUUUUCUGUCGAUUCAGUCGGCAAUAUCAGAAUGAAGGAUUCACAUAACGACAUGAAAAGUCUGUAUCAGAUUAGUGUGGUAGCUUCUGAUGGCGGUGCUCCUCAGUUAAGAUCCUUCACUCAAAUAUUGAUAACUCGAGUAAGUAUAGUAGGAGGAUCGCAAGUAAAAUUUGGCACACCAUUAGAAGAGAAGAACUUAAAGGAAAAGAAAAAUGAACUUGAGAGAAAAAUUGGUGCUAUACUUAAUAUUAAAGCUCAUAUCGAGGGAGUAAAGGGUGUUAAACUUAAGAAUCAAAAUCAACAAACAAGGUCAUAUAUGUAUAUUUCUGGGAAAUACAACAAUGAAACAAUCAUUUCUGCCUCAACAUUGCGAGUUAUGAUAUUGGAACACAUGUCAGAAAUCCAGGCUUUAUUUGGGAACCAUAGGACAAUAUAUCUACCCAGCCUUCAUAGGGAGGGUAUUCGUGCUGUAGAAAUUGCCCUUAUUGCCAUUGGUGGUGUGAUAUUUAUUGCCAGUAUUAUUCUUAUCAUCGUUGUUCGAAAACAAUGGGGACUCUACACUGUAAAACAACAGAAGUUUGAUCGGCUACAUAGCAAUUUGAUCCGUAAAAGUUCAUUAUAUGAAUCCCAGGAAAUAAAGGUUCGACUUGACGACGAAACAUCUGACUAUGCUGGUUCGCUCAAUACACAGGAAGUGGAAAUAAGUCAAAGCAGUAACGCGGCAUCUCUUGAUGCUACAGCUUUUUCUAAUCCUGUUUACGAAAGUAUGCACGAAACUACAAUCACAAUAUCGCCAUCAACGGCUGCUGCAACCAACGAAGCACUGGAAAGUCUACAAGACUUGGCAGAAAGACUAAAUAUAGAAGAUAAACCAUCAAAUGUAGAUGGAACAUUAGAAGAACAUUCGGAACAAACUUUCGUGAAAAGUGCCGAUGGUACCCAAAUUGUAACAUCUGUAGAGACAUACGAUGAUAUUGAUAUGAGUGGAUACAGUAACUUUGAAAUUAGUGAAAGAGACAAUAUACCACGUGUUGAAUCAUCUAAUUUAAUGAAAUUUGAAUCAGAUCAGUCAUUAUUUGACCAAGAUGCUGAAAAUGGAGGACACGAAUACGAAAAUCAGGAUAAUGAACCAAAUAUUGACUAUAAUGAUAAACAAGUUCGGUUCUCGUCCAUUGUUCUGGAUACAGAAGACGAUGUGUUCCAUCCACUGAAGGAGGAAACAAUAACUCCAGCACAUUUUGAGUAUGAUAGUGAUCGUGAUGACAGAGAAAGUAUGGGUAGCUCCUUUCCAGAUCUCUCUACACUUAUGCACCACUACUCUGACGAAACAGAUAGGGCAGAUGAAGAAAUUCACUCACCAAUGGACUUCUUGAAAGCUGAUGAAAUCCGACGAACUCCGACUGAUAAUGGAACAUUUCACUUUGGAUUCAGAGCAUCUAAACAGGAUGAAAUAACAAAAUUUUGAUUGGAUCUUUAAUUCAAUUAAAAAAUUAGAAUAUAUCAA